GAAAAGGGGGCGGGGGACUCGGCUUGUUGUGUUGCUGCCGGAGAACCGGAGACGGUCGUUCUGCGGCCGCAGCUCUUUCAGGCGCCCCACAAUGUCGUCUCACUAGUCGAGCCGCCGCCGCCCCUACACAAUAACAACAACAAUUGCGAGGAAGGGGAACAGCCUCUGCCCCCUCCAGCCGGCCUCAACAGUUCCUGGGUGGAGCUCCCUAUGAACAGCAGCAAUGGCAAUGAUAAUGGCAACGGGAAGAAUGGGGGCUUGGAGCAUGUGCCCUCCUCAUCCUCCAUCCACAAUGGAGACAUGGAAAAGAUUCUGCUGGACGCACAGCACGAGUCAGGACAGAGCAGCUCGAGGGCCAGCUCUCACUGUGACAGCCCUUCACCCCAAGAAGAUGGGCAGAUCAUGUUUGACGUGGAGAUGCACACCAGCAGGGACCAUAGCUCUCAGUCAGAAGAAGAAGUUGUAGAAGGAGAGAAGGAAGCUGAAACUUUGAAGAAAAGUACAGACUGGGUGUCGGAUUGGUCCAGCAGACCAGAAAACAUUCCACCCAAGGAGUUCCACUUCAGACACCCUAAACGAGCGGUGUCGCUGAGCAUGAGAAAAAGUGGAGCCAUGAAGAAAGGAGGCAUUUUCUCUGCGGAGUUUCUGAAGGUGUUCAUUCCAUCUCUCUUUCUUUCUCACGUUUUGGCUUUGGGUCUAGGCAUCUAUAUUGGAAAACGACUGAGCACACCUUCUGCCAGCACCUACUGAGAGAAGGAAAAUCUCCCUGGAAACAUGCGUGGCCUGUGAAGUGGUGUAUUGUCACAGUAGUUUAUUUGAACUUGAGACCAUUGUAAGCAUGACCCAACUUACACCCUGUUUUUAUAUAUCCAAUUCCAGUAACUCUCAAAUCCAGUAUUUUAUCCAAACUCUGUUGAGGCAUUUUACUAACCUUAUUCCUUUUUGGCCUGUAAGUCACUUUAGAAUUUCCUAACAGUUUACUGUUGUUUAGAAAUUUGCAAGGGCUUCUUUUCCGCAAAUGCCACCAGCAGAUGACAAUUUUGUCAACAAUGCUGUUGCCUCCUGUUAGGACCACCAGAAUUAGACCUGUAUCAUCCAUGGUAGAAAUUUUAUUCUGGCCAUGUGACUAUAUCUCUCUUUUAAAACAAGAUCAGGUUAGCAAAUUAUACUAUGAAAGCUUUGUUGUUUAGUUUUUGUUUUGUUUUCCAAGACAAAGACAGGCUUCCCUAAGCUUGAAUUUAUAAUUACUAAAAAGAAAAAGCAAAAAAAGCAAGGCACAAGAAAAAACUAUCCUGGGCAAUAAAAAAUUAUUUUAAACCUGCUUUGGAGCCACUCUUUUUCUAAGCCUCCUAAGAGCGCCUUUUAAUUUGUAGGAGGCAGGCUAUCUAGGUGAUAGGUAGUAGAAUAGGAACUCUGAUACAUCAGCAGAUUUUAGUACUCGGAUGUUACGCUGUCUUUUCUAUGGUAUUAGAGUCUUUACUUCUGAUAAGGAAUGUCCCAGGCCUGGACAUAAGAAUUGCUUUCGAGAUUUUUGUGUGUGUUUGGUAUUUUCAUGUCAGCUGCAUGUGUAUUUUUCAUGACUUUCUUUAAAUUUUUGCUCUUUUUUUUUCCUCUAAGAAGAGACUUUAGAAUGAGUCCAAAUCGUGCUGUUAGCACAGGCCUCUUGUUUUCGGAAGUUUCACUUACACUCUGAAGCCUUUAAACUCUGAAGAAAUUUGCUCCUGAGUUACUCCAAGCACUUGUGUAACUUUGAAAAAUAGACUUGGUUGUGGGCACAGGUGGCAAAGUUCUGGAAAGAUGCCAUUUGUUCCCUCCUGAUCCCUCUCUUCCUAAUGUUUGCUCUGUCGUCGUCUUCAGUGUCCCUGUGAUUCCACAGGCACUGGUCCUUUUCUCGUGCAGCCAUCUUUCCAGUUACUUUAAACCCUUGGCAUUCCAGAACACUCAACAAAUCCCUUCAGUGACAGACUUUCUUUUUUGUUUCUAAAAUGUGAAGCUUUAGGACCAAAUUGUUAGAAUGAAGGUUACAGAUUAUUUCAAGUAAGCUUUGUUGGAUUUAGAACAUAAUGCAUGACUCUGAAGGAUACUUCAGAAGUAAUGAAGUAAUGACUGUUUAUGACAUAGGUGUUGCUAUUGAUUAUUUCGAGAAUCGUUGUUAAUUUUAUAGCUAGCAAUCUACAAAGUGUAUCAGAUUGACUUGAAUAAAAACACUAUGACAACCAGAUUUGCCAGUUUGCAGAAACUAACCCUUCUUUCUCAUGCCAAGGUUUGUAAAUGUGAUGUUACAGUGGAAAAUAACAGAGAUAAAACAAAAUAUUUUCUAUCUUUUUUUAAGAACAUAGCUGGCUAUCUUUAAGAGAGAUGAUCUAUCUGAAAAAAUUUUCCGAAUUAUUUUUCUUUCUAGCACUUGAUGUCUACAUAAUUUUGGGCAUUUUAGCAGCCUUGUUUCUGUCUUACUCUUAAAGCUGGUGACAUUUGGUUUCUCUUCUGCCCAUUUAUUUCAAGUGUUCAUAUUUGAAUUUCUUUGGAAAGAAAGUAAAUCUAGUGGCCUACUGUAUUUGAAAAGCUUGAGUAAAAUUGGAAAGGCUGGACUAGACUGGCAUGCACCAUCACUGUCACCAUUGGUGUCCUGGAGAGAAGAAUCAGCUCCGCUCAAAUGAGUGGCUUUUUACAGGCAGUAAUCGCCUUCUUUGUAAACACAGCAGCAACCUUACCAGUAUCCCCUUGAAGUUGGGGUAUAUUUAUGAUUUUUUUGUCAACAUUGAAAAUAAAUUUAGUUUUGUUAUUUUUCUUAAAAUUGUCUGUGAAAUUACAGAAUAUUAAUUAAAACCUGAAUACAUCAUCACAGUAGAACUUACCUAUGGUAUGAGCUCAUGCAGUAUUUACUGGUAGCUCUCACAUAUGGGAUGCAUGUUUACGAUCCUGCCCAGAUUUUUGUUGAAUGAAAACAUAUGUCUUGAAAGAAAAAUUCAAUAAUUAAAAGUUGACAUUUUAAGACUAAUGUUUAAAAAGCUUUACACCUGUUUACCAUUGGGGGAAUGAAAAGGCAGGUUUCAUUUUUCUUAUGUUUGGUGAAAACUGGCUUAAAAUAUUUGUAAAUAAAGUCAAGAGCAAAACUGUACAACUUUGCACAUUGAAAAGUGCAACAAGUUCCCUUGAUUGCAGUAUAAAUAUUUACUAGUGUAAAAAGUGAAAAUUGAAGACUUAGCCAGUGAGAAAGAUGAAUUUCUAAAUGAACCUGUUGUUGAAAUCAUUGGAAUUAACUGAGCCAAAGUGAUUAUGCAUCCUUCAUCAUUUAGUUAGCACUUUGUAUCAUUAUAUACAGUUUACAAUACAUGUAGAACUUGUAGCUAUAAACAUUUUGUGCCAUUAAAGCUCUCACAAAA